AUGGGUAGAUUAGUUGGAUUGGAAUUGCACAAUUUCAAAUCAUACAGAGGAACAGCCUCUAUUGGGUUUGGAUCAGCAAAUUUUACUAGUAUUAUUGGUCCAAAUGGUUCUGGUAAAUCAAAUAUGAUGGAUGCUAUUUCAUUUGUUUUAGGUGUGAAAUCUCAACAUUUGAGAUCAAAUCAAUUGAAAGAUUUGAUUUAUAGAGGUCGUUUAUUAGAUGGUGAUAUUGAACAAUUACAAGAUGGUGAAUUAGAUAAUGAAGAUUUAGAUUCUGAAACUGCUUAUGUUAUGGCAAUUUAUGAAAAAUCUGAUGGUGAAAUUUUACAAUUGAAAAGAACAAUUGGUUCAAGAGGUCAAAGUGAAUAUAGAAUUAAUAAUAAAGUUACCUCUGCUGGUGAAUAUUCAAAUGUUUUGAAAAAGGAAAAUAUCUUGAUUAAAGCUAGAAAUUUCUUAGUUUUCCAAGGUGAUGUUGAACAAAUUGCCUCACAAUCCGCUGCUGAAUUGAGUAAAUUGUUGGAAACUGUUAGUGGAUCACUAGAAUAUAAGAGAGAAUAUGAAAGUUUGAAAGAUGAACAAGAUCAAGCUAAAGAAGAUACAGCUGCUAUCUUAUCUAAAAGAAGAACUUUAAUCAGUGAAUUGAAACAAUAUAAAGAACAACGUCAUGAAGCUGAAGAAUUCAAGAGUAAACUUCAUGAAAAAAAUAAUUUGACUAAACUUUUAACACUUUGGAAUUUAUAUCAUAUUGAACUUAAAAGAGAUAAUUUAACAGAUGAAUUUAAAGAAUCUAAGAAAAAAUUAAAAGAAUUGAAAAAUGAUAUACAUAAAGCUGAAAAGGAAUUUCAAUCAGUUAAAGCUGAAUAUGCAAAAGAAUCUUUAAAAUUAAAUAAAUUUCAUAAGAAAAUUGAUUCACAAAAAUCAGAUAUAAAUUCUAAAAAGCAAGAACUUUUACCAAUAAAUGCUCAACAAGAUGUUAUCAAUAAAACAAUUUCAAAAUUCAAUAAACGUGUGAAAGAUCUAAGUUCUGAUUUUGAAAGACAACAAGAAUAUGUCCAGGGUGUUGAAAGACAAAUUAAAGUUGUAACAAAAGCUAAAUCAAAUGCUGAAAAGGAAUUUAAUGCUAAACAUAGUAAUUCUAAUAUUACAUUAGAAGAUCAACAAGAAUAUGAAAAUUUAAAACAACAAUAUUUAAGUCAAGGUGGUGCAUCAGAAGAAGAACAAUUGAAUUUAUUAAAUGUUGAAAAAAAUGAAAUUAAAGCUAUAUUGGCAAGUAUAUCAAAUCAAAGAACAAAUGCUGAUGUUAGAGUUGAAGAAUUGAAAAGUCAACAUUCAAAAUUAAGUAAUGAUUUAACAACAGUAUCUACUGAAUUGAAUGAAUUAAAUGAACUUUAUAAUCAAAGAAAAAUUGAAUUGAAAAAUUUAAAUAUUGAAAAUGAAAAUUUUUUAUCAAAAGAAUAUGAAUUAAAUUCUAGAUUAAGAGAAACUUUAAUCUCAUUAGAAGAAUUAAACGCAAACCAAAGAGAAACAAAUAAAGAACGUAAAUUAAGAGAAAACGUUAAUACUUUAAGAAGAUUAUUCCCAGGUGUUAAAGGUCUUUUAUCAGAUUUAUGUCAACCAAAGCAAAAAAAAUAUGAAAAUGCUAUAUCAACAAUCUUGGGUAAGAAUUUUGAUUCAGUUAUUGUGGAAAAUUCUGCAAUUGCUCAUCAAUGUAUUACAUAUUUAAAAGAACAAAGAAGUGGUGUUGCAAGUUUUAUUCCCUUAGAUACUAUUGAUGCUAAACCAAUUGAUUCUCGUUUACGUCAAUUAGAUCCUCGUGCAAGACCAAGUAUUGAUAUUAUAGAUUAUGAUCCAGUAUUAGAACGUGCUAUGCAAUUUGCAUGUGGUAAUUCAAUGGUUUGUGAUGAUUUAAGAUUAGCUAAGGAAAUUAGAUGGGGUAAAAAAAUUGAUGUUAAAGUUGUUACAUUAGAUGGUUCAUUAAUUCAUAAAGCUGGAUUAAUGACUGGUGGUCGUGCAAAAAAUCAAGAACGUAGAUGGAAUAAAACUGAAGUUCAAAAUUUAACAAGAUUAAAAGAUGAUUUAUCUUAUGAAUUAAAUCAAUUACAAGAAAGAAGACCUGAUCAUAUGAAGAUUAGAAAUUUAGAUUAUGAAUUAGGUAAUCUUGAUUUACAAAUUGUUAAUGUUAGAAGAAAAAGAGUUGAAUUAGAAAGAUCAAUUUUAGAUGUUGAUGCUGAGAUGAAAUAUUAUAAUAAUUCAAAUGAAUCUGAAAAAAGACGUCAACAAGAAGAAGAUAAAUUAAAUGAUGUUAAUAAACGUAUUUUGGAACAAGAAAAUAAUAUUCAAUUAUUGAAGAAGGAUAUUUUCAAAAAAUUUUGUUCCAAGUUAGGAUUCAAAGAUAUUAAAGAAUAUGAAAAUUCAAGUGGAUCUGAAAUUAGAGAACAAUCUAAAGAAUUAAAUCAAUAUCAAAAUGAAUUAUAUAAAUUAGGUAAAAAAUUAGAUUUUGAAAAAGAACGUUUUAAUGAAACUUCAAAUCGUAUUACUAAAAUUGAAGCUGAAAAAUCAAGUUAUGAAAAAAGUUUAACUCAAUUAAUUAAAGAAAAAGAAUUAACAAAUGAUCAAAUUGAUAGAUUAGAAAGUGAAUUAGAAAUUACAACACAAGAAUUAUUAGAUUUUGAAAAAUCAAUUGAAGAUAAAUUACAAAAAUCUAAAAAUUCUGAAGAUAAUUUACAUGAUUUACAGUACAAUUAUGAAUCAUUUAAAAAAUCUUUAGAAAUUCAACAACAAGAUAUUGAAAGAUAUACAAUUGAAAGAAUAAGUUUCUUGAAGAAUUGUAAAAUUGAAAAUAUAAAUAUCCCAUUAAAACAAGGAUCUUCAUUAGAUGAUUUACCAAUCGAUAAUACCGAGGAGAUUUUUGCAAUCGCAGAUGAAAUUUCCAUUGAUUUUAGUACAUUAUCCACAAGAUAUAAAGAAAAUGAUAAUGAAAUAAUAUCAAAUGAAAUUACAGAAAAAUUAUCAGAUAUUACAAAAGAAUUAGAAACUUUAUCACCAAAUACAAAAGCAUUAGAAAGAUUAACAGAAGUUGAAAAAAGAAUGGAAGAAAUCGAAAAAGAAUUACACAAGACAAGAUCUCAAGAACUUGUAAUUGUUAAAAAAUUUCAAGAAGUUAAAAACAAAAGAUAUGAAUUAUUUAUCUCAGCUUUUAAUCAUAUAAGUGAAAAAAUUGAUCCAAUUUAUAAAGAAUUAACUAAAGCAAAUAAUACAACACUUGGUGGUGGUGCAGCUUAUUUAACAUUAGAAGAUGAAGAUGAACCAUAUUUAGCAGGUAUUAGAUAUCAUGCAAUGCCACCAAUGAAGAGAUUUAAAGAUAUGGAAUUUUUAUCAGGUGGUGAAAAAACCAUUGCUGCAUUAGCUUUAUUAUUUGCAAUUCAUUCAUUUCAUCCAUCUCCAUUUUUUGUAUUAGAUGAAGUUGAUGCUGCUUUGGAUAAUAAUAAUGUUCAAAAAAUUGCAAAUUAUAUUACAAAGAAUAGUGGACCAAAUUUUCAAUUUAUUGUUAUUAGUUUAAAAAAUGGAUUAUUUGAAAAAUCUGAUGCAUUAGUUGGGAUUUAUAGAGAACAAAGAGAAAAUAGUUCCAAAACUUUAACUUUAGAUUUAAGGAAUUAUCCUGAAACUGCAUAA